CUAUAGUGCUAUCUAUUCAGGGAAUCAGGGAAAAAUCUGUCAGUGGCAAUCUAGGACCCAUGUAGAUUUUUCCGACUAUUUUUCUCUCGGUAAAAUCAAGGUAAAUUUCUAGGGUGUAUUCUGGACCUAAACGGAUAUUUUUAAUUGGAUUUUUCUAUCCAGGCCCUGUACUUAAUCUCGGCAAAUUGAGGCAGAUUUCUACCUGGGAAGUAUCGAUAAUAUUUACAAUUUACACGAGUUUGUAUCUACAAACCUUCAGAAAUGUUUAUUCGUACACAAUUAGCUCCUCAUGUAGUGCACAUUCUAGCUAUAAAAGAGCGAAAACAUUAGGAAACAUGUAAGCUAAUAAUAAGGACGUAUAGGGUCGGCCGCCCGUAACCAAAUCGAGCAACGUGAUUGGUUAAGAAGUUACGGUUACGGAAAUUUGUACGUGGCGGCCCAUACCGGCGAUCCUUGGCUUUUCCACAGUUUACCACAGCUCUUCUAACCGGAUUGAGUGCGUGCACCAGACGAGCAUUAAAAUUUGUUAAAAACGAGGAUAUUUUGCACAAUUUGUAAUCCUUGAUAUCGUGAAUUUACUAUCACAGGUGAAAUCUUCUGGAUGAUGUAAUAUAUAUUAACUGCAGAUUGGGCUUGUUUAACCCACAAUUAGUGCAUAGAUCAAAAACUUGCAAGCCAAACUAAUUUAAAACAGUUUACAAUGAAACUGUUAUAGGGAUUGUGUUCGGCAGUCUUGCUUACUAGCUGUGCAGUUGUAACGUUUCUCAUGCGAAAAAAGAUUUUUUCCAAAUUUCGCAAGGAGGAAAAAUUGAAGGAAGAAAAGAGCGAUUCGCAGAACUCCAAUUCAGAACAAGAUUGUCCCGAAAUACCUGGAUUGCCUAAUCCAAACUGGGUUAAAGUCGGUCACGUCAAAAAGCUAAACAUAUGCCCAGUGGAUACGGGUGAAUCCUUACCCUGGCGUACAUUACAAUUUACACAAGGCGGAAUAUUUAUGGAAUACGAUGGAAUGAUUUUUUGGGAUAAAAUGUUCCGAGUAUACGACAAAAAGGCAAAACGAUUCUUAAUCGGACAAGAGCUGGAGUCCAUAUUGAUAUUGAGAGCGAUUGACCUACAUGAGACUGGUGGCAAAUUCGUCUUUCUUCCUAAUACACCAAUUUUAAACGUUUAUAUAGAUAAAAAACCAGUAAAACUCGUAAAAUGUUGGCAAAACUGGAACCAAAUUGGAUUUUAAUAAAAUCUAUUGAUUGCGGCGACGAAGCUGCUGAGUGGCUAAACACGUGUGUAUCUAAUAAGUUUUCAUGUCUAAUUCUCUCUUAUAUUAUCCAUAAACGAAAUAUUCAGUGAAAUAUUAUAUUCCGCAGGUGUCUCCGGAAGUCUAGUUUGCGUUUAAUACGAGCAGAAUAUGAAAUUACCGACAAAUCAAUACUAAAUCGAAAUGAUGUGUUAAUAUUAGAUGAAGAAGAUGUUGAAAAUUGGGUAAUUAACAUACUUUUACACAAUUUUUCUUUCUUUUCAAUGUCUAUAUAAAAUCCGAUUGUUAAAUUUAAGUACCGAUUGAUUAUCUUUGCAAUUAGACACUUAAUUAUCUAUGCAAUAUUUAUUAUAUACUAAAAUAUAAUGUAACUAUAAUUACACAGUAAAAAUAUACGUAAUGCUGCUUCUGAAAGAAUCUAUCCAGCAUUUAUGUAGAAGUUCAUAUUAUGCUACAAUGUAUCAAUAUUUUUCUCCAUUAUUAGGAUUUUACGGCUUUAACGCAUUGCGUAGUGGUAACACAAGAAUCAUUAGAAAUGUUCUAUUACUCAGAUCCUUUAGCAGUAAAACUUCGACCACAUAUUUUAAUUUCGAGUCCUGGAUACCCUGCUUUUGCGGAGCAAACUUGGGAAUGGAU